CUCUCGCUGCAUCUCAACGCAUCUCGUGAUAGACGCUGGGGGCGUCGCUUUGUACAUUAAACCAUGUGCCCGCUUGGACCCGAAGUUCAAUGAGUGCGUCGUCAAACAUGGGAAUGAGGCCAUCCCCCAUGUGGCAAAAGGUGACCAGAAAUACAAAAUCCCAGUGCUCGACCCACUUGACCUUAAAGAAGUGAAGGUCGUCCAAGAUGAACAGAGACCAGUCGGCAUCGCUUUAACACUCAGAAACGCUAAGGUUCAAGGCUUGAAGGACACAGUAUUGCGGAAGGCAGACAUCAAUUUUGAUAGGCAGCACACUUUCUUUGAGGGGACAGUGCCCCUGGUGCAUAUCAUUGGUCAGUAUGAGAUGUCAGGUCGCAUCCUCGUGCAACCCAUCAAUGGGAUUGGAGACAUCACCUUGAUUCUUCGCAAUGUCCACAUGACAUUUGAUGAAGAUUGGAAGUUUAUUCCAAGAGAUGGUGAAAAGUAUGUUUUCAUAGAGAAUGUAACAUCUUCAGUGGUACCAGGAAGUGUGAAUGUAAACAUUACCAAUUUGUUUGGUGGUAACAAAUUGCUUGGUGAUCAGAUGAACAUAUUUCUGAACGAGAACUGGAAACAAUUGUUCAAGGACCUGUCUCCAGUAAUCUUCAAGAUCUUCGCGGAAGUUCUCGCAUCCUCAUUAAACACGAUCACUACGGACAUACCUUUCGAUACCAUGUUCCCAGAGAGAAUUCCUAAGUGAAACUCUACCGUGGGCAGCGUGUUUGUGUACCAAGAAUCGAGAUGUUCUCCACCAAAACACUCCCCCCCCUCCCCCUCAAUGAGGUCCUGAGGUUUGUAACUGGAGUUACAGUUUCCACGUCGCACGUCCGAAGAACUAAUUUUAUUUCUGAAGUUGUAUCUUCAUCAGCCUUAGAAUGGUUAUGUUUCGGAAGUGUUCUACAUCAAGAUUCUGCAUAUAUCUAUUGAAAUAUUUAUCCUACUUGUAAAUACCCCGAGAAUAAAUAAUAUGCAGAAAUAUUUGACUAAAAAUACACCUGUUGUUACCAACUUUAAGAGAGCGUUGUCUGCUUAAAUAUGCUUGAAAUCUUACUUUACACAUCGGACUGGAAGAUAAAAGUCUCAUCUUAGGCCACAAUUUUAUUUUCAUAAUGUUCAGAUUUUUCUAACAAUUUUGCAUAUGGUAACAAGAAACCAUAUUGCCAAUAUAACACUUAUUUCAACCACAAAAGAAACUUAAUCUCAAUAACUUUUUCAGAAGAAAACUGUUGAAUCAUGUCACAAAGUCAGGUGAACAGUGUUACCAAUAGCUGCACAAAAUAUGAUUCUAAUAUUUUAUUUGUCAGAUGUCAUUAAUUCAGCAUAUCUCAUGACUACCUUGAGGAAACAUUGUACUUUUUAAUGUAUUUCUGUCAUACUCAUGUAUUUUUCUUAAGACCCCGAGUAAAGCACAACUUGCAUACCCA